ACCAUUCUCUCUUUUGUGAUUCCGAUAACACACUCUGCAAAAUCCUAAAUCCAUCAUAACCAAACAAAACCCAAAAAAAAACUGUUUGGGAGGAAAGAAAAGAAAAGAAAAUGUCAGUGGCAACUUCAUUCCCUUACCUCAAAAUCCCAUCUCCCUCUUCUUCUUCAUUACAAUCCUGUUCCUAUUCAUCUUCUUCUUCUUCUUCAUCAUCAUCAUCAUCAUCUUCCUCGUACCCUUCUCCUUCUCCUUCUUCUUCCUCUUUUAGGCUCUCUUCAAUCAUAACCAACAAGCCUUUUCCAAGAACUGUGAUCAUAAGGAGCUCCCAAACUGAAGGCCCUAUAAGAAGACCUGUGGCUCCUUCUAUUAGGGAGCCUUCACCACCUUCUACUCCCCUCAAGCCCACUCCUCCUUCUUCCCAGCCACCACCUUCCUCAUCGGUCGCCGGGGCAAUUGGGGUGGAGGAUAAGAAUGCCGUGACAUUGGAGUUUCAGAGACAGAAGGCCAAGGAGCUUCAGGAGUAUUUUAAGCAGAAGAAGCUUGAUGAGGCCAGUCAAGGUCCUUUCUUUGGCUUCGUUGGCAAGAAUGAAAUCAAUAAUGGAAGAUGGGCAAUGUUUGGUUUUGCUGUUGGAUUGCUAACAGAGUAUGCAACUGGCUCUGACCUUGUUGAUCAAGUAAAGAUCCUUCUCUCAAAUUUUGGGAUACUAGAUCUGGAUUGAUGCACAUGGCUCGGUGUUGAAUUACAAUUUCGAUUGUCAUACUUUAAAGAAUGCUAAAUAUCACCAGUGGUGAUCAUUGCCUAGUUUUCAACCAGUCAUGGUUGUCAUGUAAACACUAUGAAGCUGCUCCUGUAAUCUGCAGAUCUCCCAGAGUUUGACAUGUGAAUAUGAUUGGUUAAAUGUCAGUAAUGGUCAGCAGUAGUGAUGCCUAGUAUUAUUUCCAUGUUUCAAUUAUUACUUCAUAGUGUUUACUUUGGUAACUUUGUGAGUUUUAUUUCUUCAAUUUUCAGUCUCUUUCUCUCGUCUAUUAUCAUAAGCUGUAUCUCCUUCACUGUACUUUGCCAAAGUUGCACAAAUACAAGAAUUCGGUUUUAA